UCUCUUAUCCUCUUACAUGGGCUCCCACCUCAAAUCACUACUCAUCCUGCUGGUCUGCCUGCACAGUAGUACAGUGUGAUAACAGAGUGGAUUUGCAGUGGAGCCAUGGCAAGUCCAGGGCAGAAAGUGGUGCUGAUCACCGGCUGCUCCUCCGGUAUCGGCCUGAGGAUGGCCGUGAUGCUGGCCAAUGAUGAACAGAAGCGCUAUCACGUCAUAGCGACGAUGCGUGACCUGAAACGUAAAGAUAAGCUGGUGGAAGCUGCCGGUGAUGCAUACGAGAAAACUCUCUCUCUGGCUGUACUGGACGUCUGCAACGAUGAGUCCGUCACACAGUGUAUUAACGGCAUCAAAGAUCGACACGUGGAUGUCCUCAUCAAUAACGCAGGUAUCGGCCUCGUGGGUCCAAUAGAGAGCAUCCCCAUCGAAGAGAUGAAGAAAGUGUUUGAGACCAAUUUCUUUGGAGUGAUCCGCAUGAUCAAGGAGGUGAUGCCUGAUAUGAAGAAGAGGAAAGGAGGACACAUCAUCGUGGUCAGCAGUGUGAUGGGACUACAAGGUGUGGUGUUUAAUGACGUGUAUGCAGCCUCCAAGUUUGCUAUGGAGGGCUUCUGUGAGUGUUUGGCGGUGCAGCUCUUGAAGUUUGACGUCACGUUGUCACUGAUUGAGCCGGGCCCGGUGCACACAGAAUUUGAGGCAAAGAUGAUUCAGGAUGUGAAAGAGAAGGAGUAUCCUGGAGCUGAUCCUGAUACGGUGCAUUACUUCAAGAACGUCUAUCUUCCUUCUUCUGUUGACAUCUUUGAGACACUGGGACAGACGCCUGACGACGUCGCCAGAGUUACCAAGAAAGUGAUUGAAGCAAGCAGACCGCGUUUCCGUAAUCUGACCAACCCCUGGUACUCGCCCAUCGUAGCGCUGAAAUACGCUGAUGAAACUGGAGGCCUGUCUGUCCACGCCUUCUACCACAUGCUCUUUAACCUGGGUCCUCUAAUGCACGUCAGCAUGACUGCCAUGAAGUACCUCACCUGUGGAUGUCUGAGGAGCAGGACAGUUUCACCAAACUAGAAAUGUAUAUCUUGUACACAAAUGUGAACAAUUCACCACAAUAAAGACCACACACUACCUCGGCUUAGGUUGUCAGAGGAAAAAACAAAUAUAUACAUACAUAAACAGCUUUUGUGACCUGCCAUAUUUCCCUCUGUAUAUAUGUAGUCUGUUUCCUCUAUAUUAUAUUUUCUGCAUAAAAUUGUAGCUUAUGGAUGUAUAGAUACCACACCAGUUGAGUUGAAAUACUACAAUGGUUUUAAAACUUGUUUUAGCCUACCCAGAGUGCCAAAUGAGAAGGGUUUGCACUUAUGAGACAAUAUUCUGUAGCCUGAUUUCAUUAUAAUAUCCCAACCACACAACUUUACAUUUCAGACUGUUUAAUACUUUAAAUUGGUUCAGAAAGAUUGAGUCUACACCUUGUUCAUUUGUAGCCUAUGUAUUUGCAUCUAUGUAUAUAUUUUUCAAAUUCUGUCAAUGUAUUGGAGAAACUAUUUUGGCAUUAAAAUGUGUAAUUUAUACCUU